AUGCAAUUUCCGCAUAAUGAUGGGUUAGUAAUUACUUUGCGCAUCUUAGAUACUGAUAUUAAACGUGUUUUUGUUGAUCAGGGAAGUGUUGCCAACAUCAUAAACAUCAGGGUCAUAGAGGAGAUGAAAUUGACGAACAAAAUAAUCCACAAAUCCAUCAUGCUCACUGGGUUCAAUAAUUCAACAGAAAGAACUCUGGGUGAAAUCAUUUUACCAGUAGUAGCAGGUGGAGUGGAGCUACAAACUGUCCUUUCAAUCAUGUCCUCUGCGAUGGCUUAUAACAUGAUAGUUGGACGUCCCUGGAUUCAAGCCAUGAAAGCAAAAGGCGUGCCAAGGGUAGAACAUUUCGAACCGGAAAGCGAAGGUAAAAAGGAUAAACAAAUCUACCAAAUACUACAACAAACGGAAUCAAGUAUCAACGAUGCCGAGAGAGAAACUAUACAAGAUACUUUAACAGAGGGGCAAUCAACGGCGAUAGUUGAGGAUCUCGACCCAAUGUCGUUUGAUGAUGCAUCUCCGAAAAAGCGUACAUUCAUUGGAUGCAAACUACACCAACCGGGUAAGUAUAUUUCAGUUUUACGUGACAAUAUAAAUAUUUUUGCCUUUUGCCAUGCUGACAUGACAGGAAUAGCACCCAAGGUAGCAACACACACACUGCACAUUGAUCCUUAUCACAGACCCGUAAAACAACCCCGAAGAAGAUUCCCCGAUGAUAGAAGUAAAUUCAUAGAGGAAGAAGUACAAAGAUUAUUAGACGCCGGAUCCAUAAGACCAGUAGACCAUACGGAGUGGAUGUUGAAUGUAGUAGUGGUGCCAAAGAAGAACGGAAAGCUGCGAAUGUGCGUAGAUUUCACAGAUCUAAACAAAGCAUGCCUAAAGGAUCCGUUUCCACUUCCUCAUAUAGAUCAAAUGAUAGACGCAACAGCCGGCCAUGAGUUGUUGAGUUUUCUUGAUGCAUAUUCAGGAUAUAAUCAAAUCAAGAUGAAUCUUGCGGAUCAAACAAAAACAACAUUUAUAACACUGACACGUUUACAUUGUUCUAAUGUGAUGCCGUUUGGACUCAAGAAAGCUGGUGCAACAUAUCAGCGGUUAGUGACAACAAUGUUCAAAGAUCAACUAGGAAAAACGAUGGAGGUGUACAUUGACAAUAUGGUUGUGAAGUCGGAAAGAGCUGAAGAUCACUUGAUUCAUUUAAAAGAAGCCUUUGCAAUAUUAAGGCAAUUCUACAUGAAGCUGAACCCCAAAAAAUGCGCAUUUGGCGUGUCUUCCGGAAAUUUCUUAGGAUUCAUGGUUUCAAAGCGAGGAAUAGAGAUAAAUCCAGACCAGAUAAAGGUGACAGAAAACAUUCUCGAUGAUCUCAACAGCAAAAAGGAGGUUCAAAGUUUGAGUGGUCAAGUAGCAGCGCUAUCUCGAUUUAUUUCAAGAUCAUCAGAGAGGUGCCACAAAUUAUUCACUGUACUAAAAAAGCACCAAUAUUUUGAGUGGACGCCAGAAUGUAAACAGGCAUUGCAAGAGCUCAAAAGGUAUCUGUCAAGCCCGCCGUUGCUGUCAAAACCUAACCCCGAGGAGAAGCUAUUUCUAUAUUUUGCCGUUUCAGAGGUAUCGAUAAACGCAGUUCUAGUACGGGAAGAAGAAGGUAAGCAGUCUCCAAUUUAUUAUGUUAGUAAAAUACUUUUAGAUGCCGAAGCAAGAUAUCCACACUUAGAAAAAUUGGUUGUAGCUUUAAUACACGCUGCUAGAAAAUUGAGACAUUAUUUUCAAAGCCAUCCAAUUGUCGUGGUACCGACAUUUCCUCUACGGAGUAUUCUCCAUAGGUCGGAAUUAUCAGGCAGACUGGCUAAAUGGGCGAUUGAACUUAGUGAAUUUGAUAUUACUUAUCAACCUAGAAAUGCUAUAAAAUCGCAAAUUCUUGCCGAUUUUGUAGGAGACUUUAGUUCAAAAUUAACAUUGGAGGUGGAAAAAGAAACCACCGCAACUUCAGGGUCAUUCUUCGGGAUAUGGACCCUAUACACGGAUGGGGAAUCUAAUGAAAGUGGGUUGAGAUUAGGCUUAGUGCUUAAAGUACCCAGUGGAGAAAUUGUUUGCCAAACCAUUAAAUGCCCAAAAAUUACUAACAAUGAAGCAGAGAAUAAGUAUGAGGUUGUUGUUGUAGGUUUAAAACUUGCUUUGGAAUAUGGAGUAGAAAGCAUCAAGGUACACUGUGAUUCGGAGUUGGUGGUCAACCAGGAAUUAGAGCAGGUUCCACGGGAAAGCAACGCAGAGGCCGACGGCUUAGCAAAAUUGGCAUCAGCUGCUAAUCUCGCAGAACCAGGAAGCAGAAGUAUGAUCCAUUUAUUGCAUCCAAUUGGUUGCGAAAUUGAAGCAGAAUCAACAAACAAAACGAUACUCAAAGUAUUAAAAAGACGAAUUGGCAAAGCCAAAAGAAAUUGGCCUGAUGUCCUCCCCAAAGUUCUUUGGUCUUAUCGGGUUACGCACAAAACUAGUACAGGAGAAACACCUUUUUUGCUAGUCUAUGGAGUGGAGGCACUGGUACCAAUUGAAGUGAUGGAGUCAAACAUAAGAUAUGUGCAUCCUAUAGAUACAGAGAACAUGGAAGCAAUGAAGGAUGGACUUAAUCUAUUAAAAGAACACAGAGAAUUCGCUCUGAUCAAGUUAAUGGCGCAGAAACAGCAGGUAGAAAGAUACUACAAUAAUAAAACCAAAUUGCGUCAAAUUAAACUUGGAGAUUUGGUCAUGCGAAUGUUAAUUCCAGCCACCAAGAUACCGAACGAGGGCAAAGUAGGAGCAAAUUGGGAAGGACCCUAUAGGGUUAUAGCUGAUGCUGGGAAAGGAACAUUUCAAUUAGAAACUUUGGACAGGAAGAAUGUCUCCAACAACUACAACAUAAGCAAUUUAAAGCUCUUCCACUCCUAA